GGCCAGCUCAUUCCCGUCGUUCGUGACAAUGAUAGUUGGGAUUUGACAGAGAUCCAAUGGAUCCUCAUAAUCGAAAAGGAGGCCAAAGGAUAUCCCGAUGUCGCAUCCAGGCAAUUCCUGCGCCAGCUUGGGACCAACGCACACCACAUUCCCAUGUUCGUUUUGGUAGAUCUUGACCCUGACGGGAUCGCCAUUCUGUCCACGUACAAAUAUGGUUCGUACCGCCUUAUGCACGAAGACGUUGCACUUAUGAAUACAUCCGCACUGUGUCUGCCCAACGUCCAGUGGCUGGGCGUAAAGAGUGACAACAUGAGUCCAAGUCUGGUAGGCGAGGACGGGACAGAAAGAAAGAUGAUACAUCAACUACAAGGCCUAAUGAGGCUCACAACGCGCGACCGCAUUAAAGCAACACGAAUGCUGGAGUGGGAUCUGUGUGCAGAAGAUGGAUUUGAGCGAGGCUGGAGACGGGAGUUACAAUGGAUGCUCAUGCUAAACGUCAAGGCCGAGAUGCAAGUACUCGACGAGCUACCUGGCGGAUUGGUGUCAUGGCUGAGCGACCAGCUUGGGGAUGCAAAGGAUCUACUAGUAACUGCUACAAAGAUCGGCAGUGACUGUUCAGAGGACGGCCACGUUCAACAACUCGGACGGCACGCAAAGCGGGCCUACAAUGCAUUGACCUGCAGUUUAGAAACAGAGCCCACCAUGUCCGGAUCCGCCGCCCUUCCAAACGACCCCCGCAUUUCCUUUCAGGCGCCAUCGCUGUCGCAAGGCUCCGCCAGCCACUCCAGCUGCGAGCAACAUGGCUCAGCUACCACGGAGUCGAAUGCAACCCCGCAGCCAUUGACGUCUACAACAACCACUAAGCAGUCGGUGCCCCUGGGUGUCUUCUCGACCCUUUUGGGGAACAACUCCACAUCCACACUCAGUGCCCAACCCAUCUUGUCGGACGAGGCGGUCCCGGCCAUCCUCAUCCACGCCCAACCCCCGGACACACAAGAAGGCCCUUCUGACCUCACCGCGAGCUUAUCAUCAGUGCCCAGUGCGACUACCACGCUGACCAACACGUUGCCACCGACUCAGUCUGCCGCCCUUCGCGCCCUCAAUGCCCCCGCCUUCCACUCGUCUCCUUCCAAGAGCAAGUCUGCAAAGUCGACAUCUAGUCGAACAACUGUCACUAGUCAGCCUGUCGUGGUACGCACGUACUCGGGUUCACGGCAUACUUCUCGCGCUGGGUCAGGGUUCAACACCCCGCGCUCUUUUGCAAUGAAUGGAAAUAACCACACUUCAGCCCUGUCAGCCGGUCUGGCAGGAAGAAGCGAGCAGCUGCCCUCUGCCGAUGACUUUUCCUUCUCGGCAAUCCUACGUGCUGUCGACCCUGAGAUCAGAGAUGCGAUUGAUGCUAUUGCUGAGAUCUGUGCCAGGAGCAGAAUGAGUCUGGCAGAUGAAUACGACUCACAUCUCCCCCCACAGGGCGAGAUCACUGGGACGGGGCCAGGCUGGGCUGCUAGCACCGGAGCACUUGUAGGACGUGGUCGGUUGAACAGAAUCAGCCAAGGAUGGACCGCCGCAGACAAUACACUGAUGGCUGUGCCUGAAGCCAGUAGCUCUAGCGAAAGAUUGGCACAAGAGGGUAAGGCAGAGAGCAACAAGAAAAGAAGCCAAUCAGCAUAUGGCAGCUUGAAGAGUGUCAUCAGUGGUGGCAGUGGUAAGAGAAAAGCCAUUGAUGGCGAUACCUUUCGCGAGCAAGAGGCCAGCAGCUCGAAGCAAGAUGAAGUGCAAAACCGGGGACCUCCUUGGGCAGUCCACACUUCAACCUCAUCUUCCCAUCCAGCCAUUACUCUCGCUGCACCUACCGCCUCGAAGCACCUCUCCCUCGACACAUCGUCUACUAUGCAGGACAAGAUCGGUUUCCUCGUGCACACAUCAGACAUUCGGGCUCAAAACGAGGCCCUGCAAAGACCUUCUUCACGCCAACGCAGACAAACAAUACGCAGCCUACCAUCUCCACGAGCCCGUGCAGGUACACUGGGCUCCUUGAAAGCAUGGCUGCCAUGGCCCCGCCCCUCCGAUCUCAAUCACGAUGCUCAGCAAGAACUGGCAAGAGCCGAGGACCGACUUCGAAGAAUGUUAAUGUCGCCACAGAAUCUUGGCAAAGGUAAAGCCACUGUCAGCGUUGUUUGAUGUGUCAAGCGUCUGGGUGGACUGUUAUCUAAGCAAGUAACGCUUUUUUGUUUAAACGACCAGUAAAGAUACCCAGAACAUGGAAUUAGCCAGAUGAAAUAUACAAGAAGAGGGUGAACCAAGUUGUACAUACUGUGGACUCUUUUUUUUGGAUACAUAGGAAAGGGAGGUACCUGUUGUACGAGCGAAACAAGUAACAAAAAAAAAAGAGAGAAGACAAGAACUAAACCCGAACUCCCUGGAGGAGCACAAACUUUAUGACUUACGCCCCCCUUUUUAACGAAUAUCACGACUGAUGAACCAAUAUCGAGCGAGGUUUGGAACUCCUCCCCAUGACGUUUUCUUUUGUUUGGGUUUUGGCACGGCAAUGUUUUUACAAGUAAAGAAUACAAAGAAUGUUUACUGUAUGUUUUCUUGAAUCAAGUUGCUUUGAU